AGUGUAUCAGACUCCGCUUCUUUCUUCUCCGUUGUCCAAUUCUGGCGGUUUAUUUCCGGUUUAACAGAACUCACACUGUUUUACUACUCGUCGACAUUAUAGUAAAUAGUUAUAGCACAGUCAGUUGUCGUAACACCACACAAAUAGACAGCUUAGCCAUAUUGGUUUGGUUCUUGUGAAUUUGUUUUGUUCAUUUUCUAUUCCGUGUGGCAGCAUUGUGCCAACAAAUUACUUUGAAAAUAGUCAUGUCGUUGGAGACGGUACCUAAAGAACUAAGGAAUAUGCGAGCAUGUUUGCUAUGCUCUCUUAUAAAGACAUUUGAACAAUUUGAAAUGGAUGGUUGUGAUAACUGUGAUAUGUAUUUACAAAUGAAAGGAAACAGAGAUAUGGUUUAUGAUUGUACAAGUUCAUCAUUUGAUGGAAUAGUCUCAUUGAUGAGUCCAGAAGAUAGCUGGGUUGCAAAAUGGCAAAGAAUAAAUCGUUAUACCAAAGGAUGUUAUGCAGUUUCUGUUACUGGACGGUUGCCAGCUGGUAUAAUUCGUGAACUGAAAAGCAGAGGAAUUACAUACAGAUCUAGGGAUAAUAGUGUAAAAUCAUAGUAAAUGAUCACAUUUACAUCAGUAGUACUAAUGUGGCAGAGACGCAUGGGGUUCCAGUCAUGUGGCUGCUAUCAGCAUGAACAGUUGGUUGUACGGCAAAUCCUCUAAUUUCAACAUCAAUUUGUUUGGCCAGAAAUGUAAUCAGCCCAUUAUGCAGUAAUAGUGGCAGAUCACAAUUAUUUUUUUUUAUAAGGAUACAUGUAUAAUGUUCAUAACUUGGUAUCUUUCCAGACCCUACAGCUCAUUUGUAUUUUUAAAAAUAUAUUUUUGGGUCCUUAUAAUUUCAUACUUAUAAAUGGAAUUUAUUAGUAUACUGCCUUUGUUGUAAUAUUUGUGUUCAUUUCAUUUGAAGAAAUUUUGUGUUAAGCCAAGAUUGUUAUACAGAAAUAUCUUUCUCACUAUUUAGAUAUUGAAUAAAAGACAGUUAAUGUA